UUCAAAAUGAUGAAACGAUUUGUCUCGUUCGUAUGAACACCAUGAUUUCAACUAAUCGCAAUCACUGAUUAAAUUCUAGUACCUAGUUAUAGAAACGUGUGCUAAAGCUAGAUAAUUGUUUUUAUUUGAGGUUUUUUUUUCUAUGUGUAGUAUCCCAAGGCCCAAGAAUGGACAAACAUAUGGCAGUGGCUAGUAAGAAGUGUGGUGGAAUUUAUGUGGUCAUGAAAAUUGAUGAAAAACUUGUUGAAGAGGUGUCAUCAUCAGAGAAAAUGGUACUGAAUAGUUUCUGAAGUGUGAAGCAGAUCUGUUUUAAACUGAGUUACUGUCAAACGUCCUGGAAUAUUCAAUGCUGCUUUUGACAGACUAGGGUGCAAGUUUUAGAUUGAAAUCCAUGAAGAAUGAUCCUUCUUCUAGUGAAAGGAACUUUGAUUCCAUUGAAAGUUAUAAGGCUUGAUAGAAAUACUGGAAAUGCUAAAAUGGAAUAUUCAACAUUCAAGAUACUCUUUAGAUUUUGGAAGCAUGAGGAUGGUAAUCUACAGAAGCAAAAUAAUUUAUGAAUCUUGGGAUAGAAGAAUUUAUCUGAUGAUGGUGAUAAACAAAAAUGAGGAAAAUGAAAAUGUAUGGUUCUUGGCAAGAAAACCUUUAAAUGAUAUACCAAAAUCAAAUACAUCUAGAGAAGGGGACAAUAAUGGAUUAUUUUAGUGGAAAUUAUAUACACUUGACUAGAUAAGUGUUCCUGUUCCUCACCUCCAAGCCAAGACUCCUACAACAGCUGCAUCAUCACUUUGUUCCACGACAUGAUGAGGAUUUCCUUGGAAAUAGUGAAAAUAUUUCGGAUCAGGCCAACUUUACCCAAAUAAAACUAGUUCAGAAUUAUAAGUUUUUUUUUUGGAUCCGAGAAUUAGUAGUAUUCCAGGAUUUUGUCUUUGAAAUUCAGGGAUGUAAACCCAAAACUGCAAUCUCUAAUGCUCACCUGACCUGCCUUGAAUAAGAUGCAACCAAUUCAACCAGGAAACCAAAUUGGUUUGAAGCUAUACCGCCACUUUGCAUACCCAGAAGGGAAGUAGGGCCUAUUAAAAAUCAAUAUAAAACAUAAAA